CCUCGUAAGAGUUAGAGUAAUAGACAAAGAAAUGACUCGGCUAAGCUUUGUGGUGAUACUCAUCAGUAUUGCACUGGUGUACGUGCUCGCAGAGGAAGAGCUGUAUUCGGAUAAGUACGAUGAUGUUAAUAUCGCAAAUAUUCUCCAAAAUAACAAACUGCGAGAACAAUAUUACAAAUGUUUCAUGGACACCGGACCAUGCAUAACAGGAGAUGCAAAGUUUUUUAAACAAUUCUUCAGCGAAGCAUUUCAAACUAAAUGCAAAAGAUGUACUGAAAAGCAAAAGCAUCAUUUGGAUACAUUAGUCGACUGGUAUACAACAAAUAAUCCUGUACAAUGGGAGGCUAUCGUUAAAAAGACUAUAGAAGAUUUAAAAAAGAAAAAUGCUGGUCAAUAAUUGCUGCUAAUAAGUAUUCACAGAACCGACAAUGAUACAGAAAGCGCAAAUGAUAAUCAUUUAGACUAUUACAAUUAAAUGAUUAAACUAUUAAAUCUUUUAUGCUUCGUAAUUUUUCCAUUAAGAAAAAAAAAUUUAGUAAUGCUAGAAUUAACAAAGACUGUAGUGUUAUAUAAUUAGAAUAAAGCGUUAAAAUGCAAUAAUU